UGUACGAGCCGGUGUCCUUCCGGAGGGAGGAGAAGGAGGACAACAGCACCACAACUCAACAGGACCGGCUUGGCUUGGCUGUUGGGUUGUAAUGGCGGAGUCUGUUGACUUGGACCGGGCGAUUGUGCAGUGGCUGGAAUGGGACAAGAAUCCUCAGACACUAGCAGAAGUCAGGCGGUUGAAUUGUGAUGGAGACCUUGAUCAGCUGCGAGAAUGUUUUGGGUCGAGGAUGAUGUUUGGAACAGCAGGGAUGCGAUCAACCAUGGGACCAGGAUUUUCCCGCAUAAAUGAUCUUACAAUUAUUCAGACAACACAGGGUUUGUGUAGGUGCUUGGAAAAAUCGUUUUCAGAUAUAAAAGACAGAGGUGUGGUGAUUGGGUUUGAUGCACGUGCUCACCCUCCCAGCGGAAGCAGCAGCAAAAGGUUUGCUCGAUUAGCUGCCACUGUCCUAGCGAGCCAAGGAAUCCCUAUAUAUCUCUUCUCUCGGAUUACACCAACCCCACUUGUGCCAUUUACUGUGUCCCAACUGAAACUGUGUGCAGGGAUCAUGGUAACAGCAUCUCACAAUCCCAAACAAGACAACGGUUAUAAGGUUUACUGGUCUAAUGGAGCUCAGAUUAUUUCCCCUCAUGAUAAAGAAAUUGCAAAAGCCAUUGAAGAGAAUUUGGAGCCGUGGUCAGAAUCGUGGAAUGACAAGCUUGUUGACAACAGUUCCCUCAUUAAAGAUCCUUAUGAAAAUAUGAAAAGUAAAUAUCUUGAGUGCCUGCAGAAGCAUUGCUUUAACAGGGAUAUAAACAAGGAAACUAAACUUAAAUUUGUGCACACAUCUGUACAUGGAGUUGGACAUGAGUUUGUACAGGCUGCUCUUGCAUCAUUCAACUUCACCAAUCUUCUUGCAGUUCCAGAACAGAAAGAUCCUGAUCCGGAAUUUCCAACUGUCAAAAACCCAAAUCCAGAAGAAGGAAAAGAUGUGCUGACUUUAUCGUUUGCCCUGGCUGAUAAGGAGGGAGCCACAGUCAUUUUAGCAAAUGACCCAGAUGCUGAUCGGCUUGCUGUAGCUGAAAAACAAGAGAGAGGAGAAUGGAAAGUAUUUUCAGGGAAUGAGUUAGGCGCCUUGUUGGGUUGGUGGAUUUUUACUUGUUGGAAGAAGCAAAAUAAAGAACCCAGUUCUCUGAAGAAAAUCUAUAUGCUGUCCAGUACAGUCUCUUCAAAAAUCCUCCAGGCAAUUGCACUCAAAGAAGGAUUUCAUUUCGAGGAAACUUUAACUGGCUUUAAAUGGAUGGGAAACAAAGCUAAAGAACUUAUAGAUAAGGGCAAUACAGUGCUUUUUGCCUUUGAAGAAGCAAUUGGAUAUAUGUCAACUGAAUUUGUCCUGGAUAAAGAUGGUGUUAGUGCUGCAGCUAUUGUUGCAGAAAUGGCCAGUUAUUUGGCAACCAAGAAUACCAACCUGACUCAGCAGCUCAAAGCAAUUUAUGAAGAAUAUGGUUAUCAUCUUUCGAAGACUUCAUACUUCAUCUGCCAUAAACCUGAGAUAAUCAGUCAGAUAUUCCAGAAUUUGCGAAAUUAUAAUGAAACAAAUCAAUACCCCAAAACCUGUGGGUCAUUUGCAGUUUCUGACAUUCGAGAUUUAACCACCGGCUAUGAUAGCAGUCAACCAGAUAAAAAGGCUGUGCUUCCUACUAGUAAAAGCAGCCAAAUGAUCACCUUCACAUUCAAGAAUGGAUGUGUAGCCACCAUGAGAACUAGUGGGACAGAGCCAAAAGUUAAAUAUUACACAGAGUUAUGUGCACCACCUGGAAAUAGUGAUUUCGAGAAGCUGAAGGAGGAGCUCAAUGACUUGGUGAAUGCACUAGUGGAGCAUUUCUUCCAGCCAGAUAAAAAUGGCCUAACAUCUCAACCCACCUGAAAUGAAUUCUGUCAUUGUGUACAUUUUUCUUAAACACAAAAGACAAGAAAAUCUGUUUAAGAUAAACUCCAUUGCUUACCUUGAAGAUAAAAUAUGAUUUUCAUGCUUCUCAAAUUCCAAAGAAUUUUUGUUGAGUUGAUCUGUCAGUAGUGAAGACUUUGAAUGUUUUCCAUUAAAUUGAUGGAAAUUGCCUUUUGGCACGGAGAGCCACUAAGCAGCCUAGUUCCUUGGAGGUAGUUACCUAGGUGGGGGAUAUGGGGUGUGGAGAAAGAUACUUCUACAACAAUGUCCACUGCAUUUCAAAUGUGAGCAGUUUCAAAUUUGCUCUUGUGGUCCUGUUCAUAAUUGAUAGCACUGCAGGAUCAAAAAAAGGAGGGUCACAAAAGUGGUUUUCUUUUGGUUAGGGAGAUAAUUGUUUUUUCUGAAUAAGAAAUAUGUUGCUAAAUCUUCCAGGUGGACUUUGGAGACUUUUUUAAACAGAGAACUUUGCCUUUAAUGAUGCGAAGUAACUUGCUACAGGAGUGCUUCUUUGCAAGAUAUGUGACUGCAGCUUUAUUUAAUAGAUUAAAGCAUCAUAUACAGGGACUCUGUUGCAUAAUUUUUGGAAUAUGUUAAGAUCCAGCUUUUGCUAGUUGUGUCCAAGGACUUUACUUCCAAGUACAUUUUACCUUUGGUGCUUCUUGGAUAACUUUUGUAGUUGAUUUCACAAGUCUGUGCUAAAGCUUUUUUGAAAAUUGUGUGCUUUCAAUACUUUAAUUUUGCAUUAAAAAGAGAUUCUGCUA